CUCUCUCUCUCUCAUAUAUAUCAAAAUGGCAUCGACGGCUGGUCAAGUUAUCAAGUGCAAGGCUGCUGUGGCCUGGGAGCCCAAGAAGCCAGUCUCCAUCGAGGAGAUUGAGGUUGCUCCUCCCAAGGCUGGUGAAGUCCGCCUGAAGGUCAUCUCCAAUGCACUUUGCCAUACCGAUAUUUACACGUUGGACGGCCAUGACCGCGAGGGCAAGUUUCCCUGCAUCCUUGGUCACGAGGCGGCCUGUGUCGUCGAGUCGGUGGGCGAGGGCGUCACCUCUGUCAAGCCCGGCGACAAGGUCAUUCCGUGCUACACCCCCGAGUGCGGCGACUGCCUCUUCUGCAACUCCAAGAAGACCAACCUUUGCCCCAAGAUCCGCUCCACCCAAGGCCAGGGCGUGAUGCCCGAUGGCACCACCCGUUUCUCCAAGGAUGGCAAGGAGAUUUUCCACUUUAUGGGCACCUCCACCUUCUCGGAGUACACGGUGGUGGCUGAGAUCUCGUGCGCCAAGAUUGCCGAUGACGCACCCAUGGACCUCGUCUGCAUGCUGGGCUGUGGUAUCGCUACUGGCUUUGGUGCCGUCUUCAACACCACCAAGCUUGAGGCUGGUACCAGCGCCGCCGUCUGGGGCCUUGGCGCCGUUGGCUUGGCCGUGAUUCAGGCCGCCAAGAAGGCUGGCGCCUCGCGCAUCUUUGCCAUCGAUGUGAAUGAGGAGAAGUUUGAAAUCGCCAAGACGCUCGGUGCCACCGACUGUGUCAACCCCAAGAAGCUGGACAAGCCCGUGCAACAGUACCUGGUUGGCGAGACUCAGUGGGGUAUCGAUUACACUUACGAUGCCACGGGCAACGUGGAGUGCAUGCGCGCUGCCCUUGAGAGUGCGCACCGCGGUUGGGGUGUUUCCUGCGUUAUUGGCGUGGCCCCUGCUGGUCACGAAAUCUCCACUCGUCCCUUCCAGUUGGUGACCGGUCGUCACUGGACUGGCACGGCCUUUGGUGGCUACAAGUCGCGUAGCCAGGUUCCAGAGCUGGUCAAGUCCUCCAUGAGCGGCGAGCUGCCCAUUGCGCACUAUGUCACUCACCGCUUCCAGGGUGUGGAGAAGAUGAAUGAGGUCAUUGAUCUGCUGCACACGGGCAAGUGCCUCCGUGCCGUCGUCAUGUAUUAGAAUUCCCGUCUGGGCAAAGCUUAUGUGGAGUUGUGGUACUUGUGUCGUACGGGACUUUGGGAUCCUUUGUGCUCGGUCAAAAACACACAAUCUGGUGGACUGGCCGUGUUACGCGAGGUGGCAGGGGUUCACCAUCAAUUGACCAGUGACUUUCCACACGAAAGUGAUGUGUCGGCGAGAGGCAGCCCCUGAAUAUGGUGCUUCUGAAGAAAGCAUGGGCGUCUUGCUGCCGUGUCGUGGGACGAGUUGGCACCCAAACAAGAUGCACACAAACAUGCACACAGCAAGUGGAGAAGAGAUCAAUGGCAUUACGUAUCUCAAGACAAUAAGGCACACUGGUGCUUGGGUGAUGAGCGUGUGGAUUUAUUGGUCUGCCACCAGCAGUGUGCCGGGCAAGAUGUAGUCGCACGCCGCAAGCUCAGUAUGCGCCUUCAAGAGUUCGUCCAGACCUGGGCGGUCGCUGUCCUGAAUAAACUGCAGCGGCUUGGCCUCCUUGCCAGUCGUAGCACCAGAAGAGGCGAAAUCGUUGCGGCUCGAGCUUGUGGCCUUGCCAUCACCAUGGGCAUCCUUGCCAAAGACGUGCGCGAGUUCCCCGGCUUGGAGUUGAAAGUCUGAAUCUGGGUACAGAGCAAGCAUCAUUGCUUGGAUCAUGGCUUCUUUGUGGGCCAGUAGUUCUUCAUAGCGCAGGGUGGCAUGCCAAAAGCCACGUUGGGCCAGCUUCCAGGCCUCGUCCAUGGAGGAGAGCCACAUCAUAAACUGAAAGCCCACGAUACCAAGGGCAUGAAUCGUUGACUUGUUGAAGCGUUCCUCCUCCAGGAGUGGGGCCACCGAGCGCAGGAAAGGAGCCAUCCAGGUGAGCUGCACGAGAUAGGCAUCAAGGCCCCAAGUGCGCAUAAACUUGACCACGGCGUUGUUGCUAAAGGCCAUCAGGAAGGAAUCGAGGGUGGCGAGCGCCUCUCGAUACAAGAACACUUGCUUGGCGGCCGGAGAGCCUUGGGCGAGCAGGUCGGCAAUGAGCACGACAAAGGCACGGAACUUGAUGGCAAGGAAAUCGCUGCCGCCGUCGUGUUGGUCGUGACGCAGGUAAUGGAAGGCCAGAUGUGUUGUCACGGCGGCGCUCCAUGCUUUGGUUUCCGAGGAGGAAAUUUCGCCGUCCCGCCAUGCAAAGGUGAGUUGGCUGUAGGCGUCGGGUUCUGAGAGGGAGCGGACGCCGUUGCUGUGAUCCAUGCACUUGCUGAGCAGAGUUGAACCACAGCGGCCCGUGGAGUGCAGUAGAAUGACGCGGUCCAUGCGAUCCUGCAGGCUGGUGCCCACCACCUUUUGAACUGCGGCAGCAAAUUGGUCGGCACCAAUGACGAACACACGCUGGGCGUUGCGGCGCUGUUGCUGGUAAAAAAAGGCAGCGUUGUCGUUAUCGACCUUGGCCUCCACGAGGACAAUGGCGUGGGCCACACGAUCGUAGGUGUAGACGUGAACUUUUUCAUCGCGCAGGAGCGGCAGGAUAUCGAGCGUCUUGCGCUCUGAAAAUGGGGCAAAGUCACUCAGCUCGGCAGUGCUUUCCUCCUGGACAGGUCCCUUGGAGGUGCCACCGGUGCCCUCGAAAAUCAGCUCCAAGCACUCGUGCGGACCCAGCUGAGCCAGCUCCUCAAUGGAGACCAGGGGCUCGGAAUCGGCUGGUUUGGCCAUCCAUUUGUAGAUGAUCAAACCGAUCACCACGGCGACCGCAGCUUCGAGAAUUGCCAUCGUUGCGGGCGUCAAAGAAAUGCUCGAGAAAGAUAUCACCUCGCCACGCUCUCCACGCGAUCCAGUUGCCCUGAUGUGCACCCUGAGCGUCCAAAAGUCAAGAUAUCAAAGCCAGUGAGCACGUGGCGAGCCGAGUGCAACACCCGGCCGCAAAAGCCCAACUCCAACACGUGCAUUCG